GUAGAGAAUAGGGUUAUACAGAACUAACCAGGCGACCUACCCAGAGUUAAUGCACACGUGUGCGUAUCUCACGCACAUCGUGUAUCGUAUAGUCACCCACAGACUAAAGGUGACUGUGACUGCAAACUGUACAUCAAAGCUUGCCGCAGUAAUAUUUUAGACGUUAAAUACAUAGCCCUUGUGUGCAGUGAAGACAUUGGACCUCUUGACGUAUACAGAACGUAUCUAUGUAUAAAAACAAGACAAGUCAACUUUCACUAUAAAACUAAACAUCACUACUACUAUAUACGAGCUAAUUCUGCACAAACCAAAAUAGCUUUACGAAAUACAAGAGAACUAGGCUCCGACCGAUACAACUUCAUAAUUACAAUACAACUCUACCAAACACAAGGCAGCUCUACUUCUCUUAUUAUGAGACUAUUAGGUCGGGCAUACUUGGACAUUAGACCUCACGCUAACAUGUCGAAAUACCUGGUACGUGUGGCUUUAGGUGUACGUUCGUGCGACCGAAAGCUCAUGCAUACACUUUGGCAGUCACGGAACCGGUGCAAUAUAAAAGGACUAUGUGGCAGCGAAUUCAGUACGAUUGUUCAACAGAUGCGCUCCUGCAGCACACAGAGUGCAACCAGAAACAUCGGAGUCAUGGCGCACAUAGAUGCGGGGAAAACCACCACAGUCGAGCGUAUGCUGUACUACUCUGGUUUUCAUAACCAUAUUGGAGAGGUACACGAUGGCGAUACGGUCAUGGACUACAUGACACAGGAGAGAGAGCGAGGCAUCACCAUCACAUCCGCUGCCAUUUCGUUUGAUUGGACUGUGGCUGGCAGUAAAGAGCCCACACACAUCAAUCUGAUAGACACCCCGGGCCACAUAGACUUCACGAUCGAGGUGGAGAGAGCGUUGCGGGUCCUUGAUGGUGUGGUAGGUAAACGUGUGUAG